AUGGUUUUUCUUGAAGAAAGGGAGGAUGAUGCGGAUAUUCCAAGGAAUUCUAUUGCAUCAGAUUUUGUGAAUGCUUCAAGUACAUCCAUAGAGCAUGAACUCUCCAAAAGAGCUGAAAAGUGUCAAAAGGAACGCCUAUUCAACCCCCCUCUAGGCGACAUCAAGGGACCUUUCAGGGCUGCAAUGAGAUGGACCAAUGUGAUGUCAGGAUUUGUGCUUCGCAGCAUGUGCCAGCUGAUCUCCACUGGAGUGAGAACUGACAAAGGUUUCAAAGAGGUGCACUUGAACCAAGUGGCCAAGUCUCUGCAUGAGUUUUCAGGCAAUGAGGUCACUAGCACCCAGGUUUAUAACCAUUUGCGCAAGUGGAGGCAGAGGUGGAUUAGGGUGACCAAGGUUAGAGAACUUAGUGGUGCUUUGUGGGAUGAGGAUAACUUCAUGAUCACUUUGGAGGAUGAGCACUACAAGGGCCAUAUCAAGGCACACCUCAAGGAUGCUAACUUAUUGAACAAGCCUAUUGAGAACUACCAGCAGAUGCAGAUCAUAUUUGGUAAUGGGUUGGCUACAGGCAAGUUUGCCAUGGGGUCUGGUGAGGCUUUGGGGUCCCCAUCUGACUUUGCUGAGAGCUCAGUUAAGGUUGAGUCAAAUGCUAUGAAGGUUGAUGAUGUCCCAAAGAUAUUUGGAGAGGCACCCAAGACUCAGAAUGCUAGUGUUGGGUCUGGUUCUAAUGCAGGCAACAAGAAGAAGAGGUGCAUGCUUAGUGAGGGGGACAUUGUUGUCAUGACUGGCAUGACUGAUGCAGUGAACAAUAUUACAAAUGCCAUUCUCCAGACCAAGAUUAAGGAUGUCCACCCUGAGUUGUAUGGUGUUGUUAUGUUCAUGCCUAGGUUCAUAGAGGAGGCAUUGAUGGCAGCCUAUUCACACCUGCUUGACAACAAGGCUCAUGGCACUGUAUUUGUGAAGAUGAAUGACUCUCACCGUGUGCUGUGGCUAAGGACCUUCUUGGCCAAGCACUACUACAUUUAG